AUGAAUAUCCAAAUCCAAUUCAUGAUGUCUGUGAUGCUUUGCUUUGCAUCGUCAAGUCUUGCAGCUUCAGCAGACAGUUUCACUUGUGACGCAAGCUUGGAAGAUGCCCCUGCCAAAACACUUCCAGCUCCAAGUUGGCCAAUUGACGCUGCACCAGGUUACAUCUGUGGUGUGAAGGAUCUAGGCAAUUCGAUUGUGUACCAUCAUUGUCGAACUUGUAGCUUGACUACUACUGGGCAAAAUUGUCAAUUGACCAACAACGCAACCGCUCCUAUCGCUGCUUCUGAGAAAUGUGAUACUUAUGGGCCAGAUAGUAUCAUUGAUAUUACUAAAGAUACAAAAUAUAAUUGCAAGAACACUCAAGAUUACACUUGUCUUGCCAUCACCAACCCAUCUGUCUGUAAUGAGUGUGUGGCAUACCCAUAA